GAAGUAUUUCUAGGGACAGGAGAUAAAAGGUAUAUAAGACAUACAAGUCACAACACAACUUCAUUUCGCAUUUCAUUCAAAAUUCACCUGUUGGAAAGCUUUAAGCUGUUUUCAAAUCAUUCUUUUGGAAACAGAAAAAGAUGAAGCAUAUCAUUUUUGGAAUCAUCUUUACCGUGCUUGUAACUUCAACACGUGCAGCUCCAGGACUAUUUGGGUUUGGGCUGGGUGGUUACUUUGGUAGCCAUGCAAGCGACGGAAACGCGGGUCAGUCUUCAAAAAGUUACAUCAAAGAAAAAGAUGGAGCCCUCAACCAGCCAUCUCGUCAGCAAGAAAGCAAAGAUGACUGUAGUUGUCCUCCUAAGCCAAUGGAUUGUGACGAAGUAAUGCAGUGCGGGAAGAAUAGCAACGGCGUCUAUAAGAUCUGGCCUCGCAACAGAGUGAUGUCUGGAAGUAUAGACGUUUAUUGUGACAUGGAAACAAGCGGAGGAGGCUGGACAAUUAUUCAGAGAAGAGGAGACUACAAGAGUCCAGCUGAUUUUUUCCUGAAAUCAUGGCACAGUUAUAAAAAGGGUUUCGGAGAUCUUCGAAGAGAUUUUUGGUUAGGAAAUGACAAUAUUUAUGCCUUAUCAAACCAGAAAAAGUACUACCUUCGAAUUGAACUCACCGAUCAUCGCAACAACACCAGAGUUGCAUUUUAUGACCAGUUCUGGAUUGAUGGGGAAUACCACCAUUAUAUGCUGCAUGCGUAUGACUACAGUGGCGAUGCUGGCGAUGCCCUUUCAAGAACUCACGAUGGCCAGAAGUUCUCCACCAUCGAUAGAGACAAUGACAACAGCACCUACCACUGUGCGCAAAAACACAAGGGUGGUUGGUGGUUUGCCGAUUGUCACACGUCCAACCUCAACGGGAUGUACAACAGCGAAAAGGUGAAGAGUUCCGAUGGCAUCAUCUGGGCCACAUGGCGGGGAUCUUCUACUUCACUGAAAAUGACUGAAAUGAAAAUCAGGCCUGCAGACUUCAAGGCGGGCUUUUUAGAUUUGAAUAUAGACGCUGUUUGACAGCUGUUGUCUGUAUUUAUUUCUGAGCGUU